ACAUGCUUAUCUAAAAAUCUCCAAUCUCUAGCCAAUGAGAUUCAUGCAUACACCGCAACUUGAGAAGACAAGCACCGAUGCAGCCCCCUCCACUGUGGCCAAGAGGGCACGUAUGUUGGAGUCUAUGAGAGAGCAGGUGAGCGGUGGGAAUGGUGAACACCAGCUGAUGGCUGAGAUGAAAAGGUACCCCAAGGAUCAGCUCUUCCAGAUGCUGGACAAGGCAGGCCUGGCACAGAUCCGCAUUCCAACAGGGCACCUGCUGGGGUUGAAGACAGACAUUCAAGUGAACCAUGGCCAGUUGAGAAAACUGAAAAGAUGGCUUGAUCAGUACGGGGUUGCCACUGAGUCGGAGAGGCGCAUGAGACAGACUACUGCUAACCUGCUGUCUGCAUACGAAGUGACUGCUGAACUGCUCCCCUUCUCUGUGAAAACAGAUGAUGACGAGGUCAUCAUAGCACUGCGGCCUUGCGCCUACAUCUUCUCCCUGCCCAGUGCUGUCUUCGACUAUCUGGAAAGGAGCAAGAGGGCAAAGACUCUGGAGUGGCCGGGCCCCACAAUGACGGAUGAAAUCUGGUUGAAGAUAGGGGGGGACCAUGGGGGUGGUAGUUUUAAGAUGGCAUACCAACUCCUCCACAAAACCCACCCCAACACAGUUGCGAACACCACAGUCUUCGCCAUCUUUGAGGCGAAGGAUUCGAGAGACAAUUUGAAGACUGCCCUUGGACGCUACAGAGCUGAAGUGGAGGCUCUCCAGAAAGAGAAGUGGCAAGGUGAGGGUGGACAUGCGUACAACCUGCGUGUCUUUAUCGCAGGGGAUUACGCAUUUCUGAGUACCAUCUACGGUCUGUCUGGUGCAUCUGGCUCCCACCCGUGUCUCUGGUGUCAGAUUAGGAAGUCUGAAAUAGACGACCAGGACAGUCAGAGGUUGAGACUGCCCCCACGCACGCUAGAGAACAUGGCCCAGGACUACUGGGAGUUCCUCCAUGAGGGAAGGGGGAAUAUCAAGCACGCCCAGAACUAUCACAACAUCAUAAGUCCACCCAUGUUCAGGGUUUCGAUAGAACAGGUCAUUGUGCCAGGGCUACACAUAAGCCUAGGUAUAUUUCACCGCCUGUACACUGAGCUGGAGGCCACAUUGCAGGGGCUGGACAGAAAGGUCGAGAAGUACCUACACAUGAUCAUCCGGGACGGUGAGACGGACAGGGAGGAGAUUCUGGACGACCCACACCUUGCUCGCUUUCAGGCCUACGUCGCCGCCAUUGACAAGGCCCAGGUGUACGAGGAGCAGGCCAAGGAGCUGCAGGAGGAAAUUGAAGAGCAAGAAACCCAGUUGGCCUGGCUGGCGUACGACAACCAGGGUGUGAACAAGAACAUGCAUGAGGUGGUCUUCAAGGAGGCCACUUCCAUGGUCACUGCUCUUAUUAACCGAAGAGACAAUCUGGAAAGAAAAGCAGGAGCGAUCCUGACAGAAGCAUCUCUGAAGCCUGGCAAAGGACCAUUCUGCAGCAAACUGGACCCUGUCCUUCAGGAGUUUCACGUCCAGCGCCAAGCUUAUCACGGGAAGUCCUUCAUCGGAAAUCACGUGGACAAGAUGCUUCAAGAUAAGCCAAUAGAGGCAUUGACUGGGGUUGUCGAGAAAACAGUGACAGAAAUCCUGGAUGAGCACCCAACUUUCCCGCUGGCACUGUUGUCCGCGGCAAUGAAGGCUUCCAAGAAGUACGAGAAGCUGUUCAAGCUCUUUGGGUCUUGCCAUCGCUUAUAUUCUACCAGUAGUACGAUGGGAGAGAAGGAAGCUGACGAGCUAAAGAGCAACAUCACUGCCUUCAUGGACACAUACCGUGAAGAGUCCCGGACAGUGAGCAUCAAGAUGCACAUCCUCGAACACCACGUGGUACCUUGCAUCCGGAGAUGGGGAUUUGGCUUGGGGUUUCUGGCUGAGCAAGGCAUUGAGAAACUCCACUCCCACUUCAAUAGCUUGGGUAGGUCAACUAGGUCCAUCCCAGAUCCAGUUGCACGCCUAAAAUCCACCUUAAACAAUCACCUCCUGACAGUCAGCCCUGACCAUGUGGGCCGGGUGCCCAAGCCUGUGUCACAAAAGAAAGAAAAAACAAAGGGUCAGUGAUGUAAUGAUACUUGCUAACAGCUUGCAUAAGCUGCACUGAAUGUUGUUAUGAGGAAAAUUCCUCUUAUAUAGUAGCAUUUGUUACUACUUUUCAGCAAGUGCUUUCUAAGUACUUUCUAUUAACUUUCCCAAUAAAGCACAUGUACUGUUUACAUUGAUUAACCCGUUAAAUUUGGUGCCUUUCUUAUUAUUCGCUUUUGCACCAUCAGUCUAGCUAAGAAAUACAACAGAGCUUAUAGAGCUGCAAAGGAAUUGCAAUAAAGUAAUUGCAUUUAGAUACAUUUGUACACAUAUACACUGUACCAACAAUACCAGUAAUAACUUCCACUUACUCAGAGUAAGCUUUCUAAAGCCCUACAUAGUUUAAAUAUUGAAUCACUGAAGUGGCAAUGUAUAUGCUAACCACGUCACAUGUAUACUUUACUGUUCUCCAUUGUUAAUGAAAUACAAUGUAAGAAUUCAAAGACAAAUAAAAUUUUGUCAAAUUCAUAACUUGAUGCAGUUUGUUGUAAAGUUAUAGCUGUUAUGCAGAGCUGUUGUUAUACUGAAAUGAACUGUUAUGCAGUCACAAAAGGGUACAUGUAGCAUGUAUACAAUUUGUUCAUGAGAAUGGAUUGUGUAAAUUUAUGUCACAGUUAUAUCAGCUCAGUGAAACUUACAUUAGAAGGACAUUCAGAAUAGGACCAUGACUGUGUUUUGAGUGUAAUUUAGUUAAAAUCUGUUCCAUACAUUUGUGUGUAACUGUGCACACCUAUAUAAGUUGUAAAUCAUUUUGUCUACUGACUUCUUACAUUCUGUACAAAGAUGAAGUUGCUAUAGAACAGUAUUCUAUACAGUUAGAAUGGGAACGCUCAAUCGACCAAGGAGGUUCAAAAAAGGAAAAGUACUAUUCAGGAUAGUCAAAAUGUAAACAAACGAGGCCUAACGUUCCCACAUGUAUUUAAUUCACCACAAAUCUACAAAAAUCCUGUGUUAUU